GGGGGCGAUUAGGACAGGGUCUGCUUCUUAACAGCCCAAUAUUAACAUUUUUUUAAUGUAAUUUAGCUAGAAUGAGAGGAUGUGACUUCCUGCUUCUCAGCUAAUGGCUGCAGCUCUUGGAAUCUUGCUGCAGACGAAGACCUUAGGCUUUAGGCCUUACAAUAUGGUUACAGAAAAAGGCCUUAUCCUUACAACUCCAACUGCCCUGGGCAGGCCUCCAAGAUGCCCGAGAGCAGCCCUUGACCUUUGUCCCUGCACCUCAGGGCAGGCGGAAGAUAUGGGGUUCCCCACAGCAGCCCAGGCUCCCUGGGCAGCGCUUACCACAACCUGGCUCUGACUUCCAGCCUGGCCAGGGGACAGGACCUCAGGGGGCAGAGGAGGAAGUGGGCAGGGCAUGACCAGCUCCUCCACUGCAAAUCGCAGCCCCUGCCUCUGCUGCUUCCUGCCUUUCCAAGGCUCCUAUGCCCAUAUUAAAAGGUGGAGACACCAUGGCCCCCUUGCCCCCCCCUGGAUCUGGCACCACUGCACUGAGUGAGUUUAGGUACCUAUAGGAUUCCUUAGGAAUUUUCUACAUUGAAGUGCUUCAGAAACUGAGAUUUAAGCAUCUUAAACAGGGACUUUGGGACCCAACUGAUUGUGUGUAUCCAGGGUAACAUUGUUAUCCCAUGGGCAAGUUCACGUUGCCUUGUAUUUUUUGUGUCCACUGAGCUAUGGAAGAGAGGAUAGCAGGGGUGAUUUAUGGUCCUGUGUUUAGGGAAGGUUUGAUGACAUGCCUGUGAGAGAGGCAGUGUAACAUAUUGUGAGAUAGAUUGUUCUCUGCCGUGUGAAAACCUCAUUUUCAUGAGCAAAUCUGCGGGCAUGGUUAACCCAGGGAAAUUAUUUCUCAUCACUACUUUUGAACAAAAUUAUUUUUGUUUCAUUUUAACAAUUCUAUUUUUUAAUGAAUCAACACAAAAGAAUGUCUUUCAUAAAACAGAUGGAAUGGAAUAAAAACUAACAUUUUAUUUAUUAAUUUGUCUUUUUUCCACUAUCUACAAAACAAUUUAUGAUCCGGAGCAGAAGCAGAGAGAACAGAAGCCCAGAGAUCCCAGCAGCCAUGGCCUCAGGGACUCCUGUAUGGGAAAUCCAAGAGGAAACCAAAUGUCCCAUCUGCCUGGAAUAUCUGACGGACCCAGUCACCAUACAGUGCGGGCACAAUUUCUGCCGGGUCUGCAUCACUCAGCACUGUGAGACAUGGGAAGAGCAGGACUCGGACCCCUUGUGCUGCCCCAGCUGCAGAGUCCGAAUCCGGAAAGGGGCUCUCCACAGUAACUAUCAGCUAGCAAAUAUAGUGGAAAAACUCAAACAACUGGAUUUCAAACCAGGAAAAGAGAAUCUGUGUGAGAGACACGGCAAAGCCCUGGAUCUGUUCUGUGAAGAGGACAGAGAAGCCGUGUGUGUGGUUUGUGAGAGAUCCCCCCAGCACAGAUCUCACCAGGUGCUUCUCAUAGAGGAGGCUGCCCAGAAAUACAAGGAAAAAAUCCAGGCCCAUUUGAAGACUCGGCGGCAAGAGAGAGAAAAGCUUCUGGAAUUUAAAAUGACUGGAGAAAGAAAAAGCCAGGAGUAUCUGGUGACUCUGGAUCCAGACACGGCUCAUCCCCACCUCGUCCUGUCUGAGGAUCGGAAAAGUGUGAGAUUGGGAGACACAGGACGGGAUCUGCCUGACAAUCCUGAGAGAUUUGACACUGUGCUGUGUGUGCUGGGCUGUGAGGGAUUCACCUCAGGGAGACAUUGCUGGGAGGUGGAGGUAGGGAGUGGGCGAUGCUGGGCUGUGGGGGUGGCCAGAGAGUCUGUGAGGAGGAAGGGACAGAUCAGCUGUAGCCCUGAGGAGGGGAUCUGGGCUGUGGAGUGGUGGCGAGGUCAGUUCCGGGCUCUCAUGUCCCCUGAGACCCCCCUGCCCCUGAGCCGGGUCCCCAGCAUGAUCCGGGUUUGUCUGGACUGUGACCAGAGGCAGGUGACAUUUAUCGAUGCUGGUGACGAGGCCCCGAUCUUCACUUUCCCACCGGGCUCCGUCCCUGGGGGGAGAAUCCGACCCUGGUUCCAGCUGUGGUACAGAUCUCGGCUCAGACUGUGUCCCUGAGACACGCAACAGAGGGGGGAACGGGAAAUCAGCCUCUCUAGCCUCACACACCCCAGUCUCUAUGAUCUUGGAGGACUCCCAUCUACCGAGCCCCUGGCUCCUCAUCUCUAUGAUCCCUGGAAGCUCCUGCCCCUCCCUCUCUUCAGCCCCAGGGAUUCGAGGGGGAAGGGGAAGGGAGAACAACCCCUGGGGCUGUAGGAGGGGCAGAGGGGCCCUGAGGGGCAGAGGUGUGGGCAGAACUAACAGCCAGACUGGGGACAGGCAGAGGUGUGGGUGGCGAGGACACAGCAUGAAUCAAUCAGGUUUGGGAAGGUGGUGGCGAAGCAGCAGCAGCAACAGCGUUUUGUACAGAUCUAAAACAACAAGGAGUACUUGUGGCACCUUAGAGACUAACAAAUGUAUUUGGGCAUAAGCUUUCAUGGGCUAAAGCCCACUUCAUCAGAUGCAUCAAAUGGAACAUAUAUUUCGACCUUUAAAGUCUGUUACUGAGUGGCCAGAGAGGAUGAAGUGUUCUCCGACUGGUUUUUGAAUGCUAUAAAUCUUGAUGUCUGAUUUGUUUCCAUUUAUUCUUUUGCGUAGAGACUGUCUGGUUUGUC